ACCUGUAUCCAACAAUCCGUUGUGAAAUCAGCGAGAAAAAAUGGGAUCCUCAGUGAAUCUAUCUCUAACACCUACUACUGCUACUCAGUUUUUAUCUUCUUCUUCAUCAUCACCUCGUCUACUAAAGCUCUCCCAUAGUUGUAAUCCCCAUUUCUUUAAUCUUAAUCGAACCCUUUCUUUGUUACCUCUUCAGGCUUCAAGGCGCCCCACCAGCAAUCAUCCCCAGAAAGGUGAUAAUUAUGCGGGUGAUCCCCGUGAUUGGAAGCAAAAUUUGGAUUUUUAUGGAGAUGAUGAUGAUGAAGAGGAUGAGGAGGGGGAGGAGGAAGAAGAUGAAGAUAGAAGUUUGGAUCUUUUGAUUAUGUUUGUUCAGAAUGUGUUUAAGAAGAUUUCUCGGAAAGCCCGGAAAGCUAUUCGAUCCGUUUUGCCGGUUAACAUUUCAACUAAAUUGGUGGGAUUUUCCGUCAAUGGCAUCAUAAUCCUGGCAUUUUUGUGGAUUCUGAAAGCCUUUCUUGAGGUUAUCUGCACUCUUGGUACUGUAGUAUUUGUUAGCAUCUUACUAGUUCGUUGCCUAUGGACUGGGAUAUCAUAUUUACAAGAUACUCGUGGACAAAGGACAGAUGAAUUUGAUGAUGUCUGGACUAAUACACAACCUGUUAAUUGAUUAAACAAAAAAGUCGGAAGAUGAAGCGUUUCAUGAUUGUGAGAAACGUAUUCUGGUUUCUCUUGUGACGGUGAUGAUUAGUAACCUAUUGAGAAGAGGUCUCGAAGCCAUUCUGUUCAUGAAUGUCAUUUAUAUCGUCCAUUUCAAGUCGUUGACAAUUAUACAUAUAGCUGAUUAUUAGUUUCCACCGAGUUAGGUUUGGGUGGUGCAUACUAAAAUUAUUAAGAUUGACGAGAAGACAGGAAGCUGUAUGAUCUUACCUGACUCCUAGGCCAGCAACAAUGCUCUACACUUGUACAUUUUUGUUUCUUUUUAUAAUGUUGCAGCAUGUUCUUGGAUACCUUAAUACAGUAUGUAAUAAAGCUUCAUGGAAGCUCCUUUCAGAUGUCA